AUGAGGACAUUACAGACAUGGUUUUCGAAAGGAUUGAUCCCGUCACGCUGGCGGGCGACCUUCAAAAUCCCCAUUUUACCACCGUCAAGGUUCUACUCCACAAGUCCGCCAUCUGCCCGGCUGAAUUGCCCCAUUGAGUACUCCACCAGCCCGGUACUGAACCAUACCUCGCAAUCCGCUCUCCAGAAUACCGAACUUCCACCAGAUGUUCGAAACGGCACUACGAAACGAAUGAACUUGUUUCAAUCGAUCAAUGAUGCCUUAAGCCUUGCACUCGCUGCCGACGAGUCCGUCAUAUUGUUUGGUGAAGAUGUUGCGUUUGGAGGAGUGUUUCGGUGCAGUAUGGGCCUGGCAGAGAACUUUGGGUCACAGAGGGUCUUCAAUACACCGUUGAGCGAACAAGGGAUUGUUGGUUUUGGAAUCGGAGCUGCUGCUGAGGGAAUGAAGGCAAUUGCGGAGAUUCAAUUUGCUGAUUACGUGUACCCCGCGUUUGAUCAGUUAGUCAAUGAAGCUGCGAAGUUUCGGUACAGAGACGGAAAAGAAGGAAGACAUGUAGGAGGCCUUACAGUCAGAAUGCCAUGCGGUGGCGUGGGACAUGGAGCAUUGUACCAUUCGCAGUCGCCAGAAAGUCUAUUUACACAUGUUCCUGGUCUUCGGGUGAUCAUGCCUAGGUCUCCGAUCCAGGCGAAAGGAUUACUUCUCUCAGCUAUAGCCAGCAAUGAUCCAUGCGUAUUCAUGGAACCAAAAGCUUUAUAUCGAGCUGCAGUCGAGCAGGUCCCGACUGGAACUUACUACCUUCCUCUAUCCAAAGCAGAGAUUAUGAAGGAAGGUUCGGACUUGACCAUUGUGUCAUACGGACAUCCUCUGUAUACUUGUAGUGCUGCAAUUGAGAAAGCAGAGAAAGAUCUUGGUAUCAGCAUUGAGUUGAUAGACUUACGGACGGUAUAUCCCUGGGACAAAGAGACUGUACUGAAGAGUGUGAGGAAGACCGGGAGGUGUGUGGUUGUCCAUGAAAGUAUGGUCAAUGCUGGCAUUGGAGCGGAAGUCGCUGCCAGCAUACAAGAGGAUAAGGAGACAUUCCUCAGACUUGAAGCGCCUGUCAUGAGAGUUGCUGGGUGGAGUACGCAUAUGGCCUUGAUGUUUGAACGAUUCAACAUUCCUGAUAUUGCCAGGGUAUACGACAACAUCAAGAAAGCCGUGGAGUAUUAG